AUGACAGAAUCUGAGGCAGGGGAUAUGUCUACUCUGAGGAGCAGUCUGAGAGUGAGAUUGAUGGAGGAAAGGAGAACCAAGAAGAGGAAUGAUCCCAUUAGUAGUGAGAGUGAGCAAGGGGAGUUUGAGAUUGGAGUGAACCUUGUUCAAGAGGGGGAAAUGGCUCUCCAAAUGAGGAAGGCAGUGAGGAAACUGAGAGUGAUGAGGAAGGAGAAGAGAGCACUACAAUGCUCUCUUCUCCAUGGACUUUGUGGAGACAAGUACCCACAUGAUGACACCAUGAGAGAUCUUGGUAUCUUUGAGGAUGUGGAGUUGGUGCUCAAGAACAUGCAAUUGGGGAAGUUCUUCUCUCACCGCAUGGAGUCUUACAAGGAGUUGACUUCAAAGGGAGAGAAGAAGAUGGUGACCUUUAGGCAGCUUGAGAUACUGUUUGGGUUCACCUAUGGAGAAGGUAACCAAUGGAACAUCAAGGAAGAAGAACUCCAAAGAGUAUGGGCUACAAUAGCUGAAGAGGGGUACUCUUCCUCAAGGUCCAAGGCUGCCCAGAUCAGAAGUCCUGUGCUUAGAUAUGUCCACAAGGCUCUUGCAAACACCUUCUUUGCAAGGAAAGCCACUGGAACAAUCAAUGAGGGAGAAGUGAAGCUCCUUACCAUGGGAAUCAAGCCCAUCAUCUCACGCACAAGGAUGGGAAGAAGAUCAGAGGAGACAGGGCACACGCAGGGAAUCUCAUGCCUCUCCUUGAGCAGCUCCAAGCCUACAAGGUCACAGCUUACAACACUAGGCACCAAAGAGGAAGAAAGCUUAGUGUUGGAGGGGUGA